AUGUCACGCACUUCAGCCGGCUAUGCGGACUUUUUCCCCACCGCUCCAUCUGUUCUUCAACAAAGGAGAAUCAAAGCACCACGGGAUCAUUCCCUAAUCAAAGAUCGCCCUGGGAGCGAGCCAAAAGAUGGGCAACUGCCAUCUCCGGAAAACACCAUAGCCAAUAUCUCAACGAACAGCAGCACACUCGAAUUUCCGAUAACAACGAUACAUACGGGCCAAGAGAAGACGCAAUCCAGAGAAACCGGGAGGAUCAAUCUGGACACAACAAGUACGGGGUCAUCAAUUCUGAGCUCAACGCUUGCCCAAUCUAGCCUUGCGCAGUUGAAGGAAUUACAGAUUGACACUCUAACACCCCUCACUAAUGCAGGGUCAUCUCCGCCUCAGAGGUCUAGCCCAUGUCAGUCAAAGUCGGCAGGUGGGAUUGCAGAAUACAAUAAGCCCAGCAACUUCGUGACUGAAGAGGCGAAACUUGUUGUCACCCCUCUUCAUACACCUCCAACCCCACAAUCGCAAACUCCGCGCGGCGGCGACAUCAAAGGCAGCAAGUUGAUUUAUGAUCCCGAUAUUGAUAAACGAUCAUCGAAAGAGAAGCGUCGCAAACCACAGUACGUGGAUUUUGUGGUCAGUGACCCAAAGAGCUGUCCAGCGGAUCCGCGACUGAGCAUAUCGAAUUACACACGUGGAGCCGGAUGCAAGCAGAAAACGAAAUACCGGCCAGCUCCUUAUAGAUUGAAACAAUGGCCAUACGAUGCUUCAACAACACUCGGACCAGGACCACCUAUUCAGAUAGUGGUCACUGGAUUUGAUCCCCUAACCCCGAUUGCUCCAAUAAGCGCACUAUUCUCAAGCUUCGGUGAAGUUUCAGAGAUAAAUAAUCGCACAGAUCCCAUUACUGGUCGAUUUCUCGGAGUAUGCUCAGUCAGGUACAAGGACAGUAAUUCGUUUAGGGGUGCUGAGUCAAUUCCUGCUGCAACUGCUGCAAGGCGAGCUUUUUUAGAGUGCAAGAAAGAACAACGAAUUGGGACACGGAGGAUCAGAGUGGAACUUGAUCGCGAUGGGGCAGUAUCAGAUAAAAUUGUUGCAAAGACCAUUGAGUCUCAGCGGAUGGGACAUAGGAAAAAUACUGUGUUGGAAGAAGCAAAACUCGAACCACGACUAAAGAGGAGCGAACCGCCUCCGACAGCGCCUAAAGGUCCUUCACGAUCCUCCACACGCCCCGGGCUCGCCAUACCCGAAGGGCCCAGGGCGAGCUUUGUCAAGCCAGCCGUACCAUCGUUAGUCGAGGAAACCCCUAUAUUGAGUCAAAUCAAGCGGGAGCCCUACAUUUUUAUCGCACAUUGCUACGUGCCGGUUCUUAGCACGACCGUUCCCCAUUUGAAGAAAAGACUCAAACUGUUCGACUGGAAAGACAUUCGUUGCGACAAAACUGGGUACUAUAUUAUCUUUGAAAACUCCAGACGUGGCGAAGAGGAAACUCAGCGUUGUUUCAAGGUAUGCCACAUGAAACCUCUUUUCACUUACAUCAUGAAUAUGGAAAGCCAGCCUUAUGGAAAUCCAAACUAUGAGCGAAGCCCAAGCCCAGAGCGUCUUCAGGCAGAGCGGAGAGAAAAGUCUGAAAGGGAACGGGUGAAAAGGGAGGCAGAUUUGGAUAUUGAAGAAGAAAAACAACAGAGGGCAAUCAAUAUGGACCCGUGUAGGGAAGUCCUAGCUCUCAUUGUUCGUGAUCUGAAAGAUAAACUUCUCGAGGAUGUGAAAUCGCGCAUUGCGGCCCCAGCCUUGUACGACUACCUUGAUCCGGAGCGACAUGCCCUUAAGAGACAACAGUUGGGUCUCCGGGAUCCAGAAGGAAUCAAGAAACCUGCCUUUCGGAUUGAUGUGGAAGCAUCCCUGGGACCUGGUCAGUCUCGGUCCGUUCUUUCAGAUGGCCGACAUACAUUCAGCCCUUAUGGCCUAAAUAUACUUGCCCUACCACGUAUCAGGAAAUCACAUCGACUGAACAGCGCAGAUGCUGCCUUCGUGGAUGAAAGGCGCAAACAACCGAUGCGGAAAAAAGAAGUUCGGCCUCUCUACCACAGACUGCAGCAAUUACACAGUGUUGACGAUUCGGAUGACGAGUCGCGCACUCCGUUCACAGUGGAUCCUGAUGAACAGGACAGUCGUCCUCCCAGUCGAAUGAGUUCGAGAUCUUCAGAUUCUGAUGACGGCGAAUCCGCCCCGGAGGCCUUGGAUGGCUUUGUUUCAGCACAAGCCAAGCAUGGAAUGGACGUAUUACAAACCCCCGUGACUGAACAUACGAUAGAUCAAUAUCCACACAAGGAUACACCGGACUCGUCUUUGACCUGCAAAAGGAAGCGGCCUGCUGAGGAUGUUGAAGCGCGGAAGAGGCUUAAAGAAGAUGAAUGCGAGCAUCUCAAUAGGAAUCUGCCUGCCGAAACUGCUCUUGAUCUGUCAACCCUAAGGGUUGAUCAUGAUGUUUUAGGGUCGGUCGAUCACAUUGACGACUACCAGAAACAUUCAAUCCAAGUAAGCGACAAAACAAUACAGGCGCACGAGGAUCACGAGCAGACUUCGGAUGGUACACCUGAUAUCGAUUCCAUUAUACAAAAUGCUGGUAUCGAAGUGAAAUUGCAAUCACCAGAUGAGCAUGACAAUGCAGAGAGACAUGACGGUAUGAGAACGGAGGUUGAAUGGGGCGUAUCGAAUAAUGAACCCCGCUCAACGGUCGAUGAUGAUGAAACGAUUGUCAUGGAUUUAGAUGGCUGGCAGGCUCUGGUUAAAGACGAAGAGGACUUGUGCUUUCUUCGUGAUGUAUUAUCUGGACUGCCAUGGUCUAAGGUCGACAAUUUGUCGGCAUGGGCAUGGCGGCAAAAGGAAAUCAAGGCCCUCAGUCGCCCCAAUGAAACUGGGCCUGUCCAUGAAGAAAUUAAGAUAUCGGGUUACUACGUCUGCAACUUUACCGGUGCUGCUCGAACUGAGGGAAGAAAGAGAAUCCUGGAGUCCGAGAAAUCCAAAUAUCUACCCCACCGUAUCAGGGUUCAAAAGGCUCGUGAGGAACGCGAGGCUAAGGCGAGGAGUGAUCCCCAUGCCACAGCUGCUGAAGCUGCCAGAAUCACCGCAGCAAAGACCAUAUCCAAAUCUACUUCAAGAUCAACCAGGGUUAAUAAUCGCAGACUGGUCGCAGACAUCAAUGCUCAAAAACAGGCUCUUCCCAUGCAAAGCGGAGAUGGCGAUGCUCUUCGAUUCAACCAGUUGAAGAAACGGAAGAAGCCGGUGCGCUUCGCCAGGUCAGCAAUUCACAACUGGGGCCUUUAUGCGGAAGAGAACAUCUCGGCAAAUGAUAUGAUUAUAGAGUAUGUGGGCGAAAAGGUGCGGCAACAGGUUGCAGACAUGAGAGAAAGACAGUACUUGAAAAGCGGGAUUGGUAGCAGUUACCUUUUCCGGAUUGACGAGAACACUGUUAUAGAUGCCACGAAAAGAGGAGGUAUUGCUAGGUUCAUCAACCAUAGCUGUACCCCUAACUGCACUGCCAAGAUCAUCAAGGUCGAUGGUAGUAAAAGGAUUGUCAUAUAUGCUCUUAGGGACAUCGAAAGAGAUGAGGAGCUAACCUAUGACUACAAGUUUGAAAGAGAAUGGGAUAGUGAUGACAGAAUCCCAUGUCUUUGCGGUUCAACUGGUUGUAAAGGAUUUCUUAAUUAG